AUGACCUCACCAACCGUUCAUCAUCAAGCCGUUGCUGUGUACGGCUUUAGACAGCUUAGAGUUCGAAAAGUAGAAGCUGCUGGGCAUGCCUAUGAAUGUGAUUUGGUCCGUGAUCUCCUGGCACUGGGAUUGAAUCCGCAUCCCGUUGUGAAGGGAGCCGCCGCUAGUCGAAGUCAGUCCAGCUCUCCAGAGCUGAACGAUGAGAACCUGCAGGCUAGCGACUUUAUGGAUAAAGACGACGAGAAAUAUCAUCGUUAUAUGAGUAAAUUGGACCCCAAUGACUGGAAAGACCAGGACCAUUACAGAGUUUUGGGCCUGAAUAAGCUGAGAUACAAGGCUACUGCAGCUCAGAUUAAGACUGCUUGUGAGUUUUUUUGAUUUAUAUUGUUUUUGAUUUUUAGGUAGCAGGUCUACGAAAUAUGUGAUUUUCUGUAGGCAAGCCGAAUAUAAUCAAGUGUAUCUUUCAGAUCGGCAGAAAGUAUUGGUCUGGCAUCCGGAUAAAGGAAAAGCGAGUAAAAAUGGAACUAGGAACGAGACGAUUUUCGCUUGUAUCCAAAAGGCUUAUGAGCAGCUUGGAAUGGAAGAAAGUCUUCGCCGUUCUUAUGAUUCUGUUGAUCCAAAGUUUGAUGACACCUAUCCAGAGGAGAAGUCGAUCAAGAAAGACAAUUUCUUCAAGGUUUUGGGUCCAUUCUUCGAAAGACAUGCCAGGUAAGGAUGUUAUUUAUGAGGAUUGAUGUUUGGAUUGAAAAUAAUGCUCAUUACUGUUUCCUUUUGAAUCUUGAGGUUUUUUAAGGCUUGCUUGAGCGGGUUUGUGGCAAUUUUUCGCAAAAUAAUAUUCUCCUUGCGUUACCUUAUCCAUGAUACGUCAAGAUGUUUACCUUUUGAUUUUAGGUUCUCCGUUAAACAGCCAGUCCCACUUCUCGGAGAUCCAGAUGCAACGAGGGAUGAGGUUGAAGAUUUUUAUGACUUCUGGCUGCAUUUCAACUCUUGGAGAGAGUUCUCAUAUAAGGAUGAAGAGGACAAGAGUAAAGGAGAAGAUCGAUGGGAAAGACGAGAGAUUGAGAAACAAAACCGGGUAGGAAAACGUUUUAUCUUAUUGUGUUUCUGUUUUUAGAUAGAAAGAGAGAAAUUGCGGAAGGAAUACCUCAAAAAUUUAUCGAGUUUGGUCGAAGCCGCGUAUUCCAAAGAUCCUCGAGUAAAAGCCUUCAAAGAACAAGACAAAAAGGCCAAGGAAGAUGAGAAGGCACGAAGGAGGGCCGAACGUGAACGUGUGGAACAAGAGAAGAGGGCGAAGGAACAAGAAGAAGCCGACAAACUUGAGCAAGAACGUCUUGAGAAGGUUGCGGAAGAAAAAAGACAACAACAAGAGCGACAGAAAUCCAAAAAGUUAAUGCAAGGCCAACGAAAGAAGGUCCGAGACUUGUGCAAGGACAAGGACUUCUGGACGGACGAGCCGGAGCUUAAGCUGAAGAUCAUGGAGAGUAUGGAAAGAGUUUGUUUGAACUAUUCUUUCGAGGAGUUGGAGGAUGUUUUGAAGAAGUUGGAAGUUAUAGACAGCUAUGAUUCGGCGUUAGAUGCUUUGGGAUCUAAAGUAAGUAGUUUUUUAUUUUGUUUUCUUCGUUUUUAGGCUGGAAAUUCUGAAAUGGCCCUAAAAUUGUAUUACACAUGGAAUUUUAGAGAGAAGAAAAGCCACAAGCGCAAAAACCAAAGGAAGAUAAGCCAGCGGCACCUUCAAAUCAACCUGCAAAGUGGACUCAUGAGGAAGCACAACUUCUGAUCAAGGCCUGUAAUCUUCAUCCAGCUGGUAGUGUGGAACGAUGGACUCAGGUCACUAGAUACAUUAAUGAGCAUGUCACAACUCCAUCAGCUAAGCCCAAAACGGAAAAAGAUAUUAUCCGACAGGUAAGGGCUUUUUGGACCGUCUGUUUAUAUUAUUUUAUGCGUUUUUUUGUUUUUUUUUUGUGAUUUUUUUUUUCAAUUUUAGGCCAAAAUAAUGAAGUCCAUGGAGGCUAGUGCCGCUUUCGCCAAUGUUGAAGCAGGCCCGUCAACGGUCCCGGGGCUGAAUGCUCAAGCCAAUGUCCCAAAAAUUAGCGCCGAACCAACCGUAGCUGUUCCCGCGGAGAAGGAGGAAGAUAAAUGGUCGGCCGAACAGCAAAAACAACUCGAAACUUCUCUGAAAACCAUAGAUUCGAAAGACCCACAAAGAUGGGAGAAGAUUGCAGAGCAAGUGGACGGAAAAACCAAGAAACAGUGCAUGGUCCGGUAUAAGAAGUUGGUCCAGAUGAUCAAAGAGCAACGCCAACAGAAGUAG